AUGCAAUUAGUAAUUGUGAAAGUAUUGAAAAAAACUUUAUUUUGUACUCAAAGGAAUACCCCGUUAGAAGUUAUCAUUAUUACCACUACUACUGCUACUGCUCCUCCUCCUCCUCCUCCUCCUCCUCCUCCUCCUCCUCCUCCUACUACUACUACUACUACUACUACUACUACUACUACUACUACUACUAAUACUAUUACUAUUACUACUACUACUACUACUAAUAAUAAUAAUAAUAAUACAAGUAGAAUAAGGAUAGUAGUAGAAUUUAGUAUUUUAAAAAGUUCCUAG